AUGUGCAGGCUGUUGGCGGUGGAGGAGGAGCUCCACAGGGACCAUGCAGAGAUGCAGGCCGUCACAGAGGCCAAGCAGAAGAUCAUAGACGCUCAGGAGAAGCGGAUCCUCUCUCUGGACGCGGCGAACUCCCGCCUCAUCUCGGCUUUAACCCAGGUCAAAGAGCGCUACACCACAGCCAACCUGCGCAACGGCCUGUCCCCCACCAGCCCCAGCAAACUGUCCAUCACCAAGAGCGGGGAGUUCAAGAGCACCGGCUGAACCUGGACCUCCCGAAGCCUUCGAGAAGAGCUCCUGAACAGGACACUGAGGGAGGAGCCUGAAGGACCCA